AUGAAGUUUGUCGCUUUAAUAUCUGGAGGCAAAGACUCCUUCUAUAAUAUAUUGGAAUGUCACAGACAGGGUCAUGAGCUUGUGGCUUUGGCCAAUUUGCAUCCGCUCAAUGUGGAUGAGAAUGAGACAGACUCCUUUAUGUUCCAGACAGUAGGACAUGAUCGAAUUGAGCAUUAUGGUUUAUGUCUUCUGGUCCCAUUGUAUCGUCAACCACUCACGGGCGGCUCGACAAAUGUUCAAUUAGAGUAUACUCCCACUGCUGACGACGAAAUCGAAGAUCUUUAUACUCUUCUAUCUAGGGUCAAGGAGGAGAUGCCAGAUAUAGAGGGUGUCAGCUGUGGUGCCAUUCUCUCACACUAUCAGCGGACGAGGGUGGAGAAUGUCUGUGAUAGACUUGGUCUCACUUGUUUGGCCUACUUAUGGCAAAGGGAUCAGGCGGAAUUGAUGCUGGAGAUGUGCCUGCUGGGUCUCGAUGCUCGGUUGAUCAAAUGUGCUGCCAUUGGUCUCAAUGACAAGCACUUGGGAAGGCUGAUUUCCGAAAUGCUUCCAAUCCUCACCAAACUCAAUCAAAUGUACGACGUUAAUGUGUGUGGUGAGGGAGGUGAAUUUGAAACUUUCGUCUUUGAUUUUCCCCUUUUCGAAAGACGCCUCGAGAUAACUGACGAAAAAGUCGUUGCACAUUCUUCGGAUUGCUCUUAUCUUACCUUCCUGACGAAGCUGGUUCCGAAAGAGACUUGUGAAAUUACAGGUAAGUCCGCAGACCUCAUCAGAAAAAGAGAGCCUCUUGAAGAACAGUUUUUGUUAGUGCAAGAAAGCGUAACGAACAGUCUACCAAUUACCAUCCCUGAGGUCAAGGAUGUAUCUUUCCCAGUUGGGCCAACGGUCAUUACUACUCCCUUAAGACUAUAUGUUUCUAACAUUACCAGUACAGCCCUGGACGUGAAGGGUCAGACUCAAGACAUCAUGAACCAAUUAUCCAACAUUCUCAAAGCACACGAGGUUUCCAUCACGGACAUCCAACAUGUCACUGUUCUUGUUCGAGACAUGGGUGAUUUUGCAGCAAUCAACAAGGAAUACGCUUCAUUCUUCGCAGACACAUAUCUCCCACCAUCUCGUGUCUGCGUUCAAACCACACUUCCACAGCCUUACCACCUACAAAUUUCAUGCAUAGUUCUCGAUCCACCAGCCGGAACGAGACAAGGUAUUCACAUCAGAUCGAGAUCAUUCUGGGCCCCUCAAAAUAUCGGGCCUUAUUCCCAAGCUAUUGUGGACACCAAAGACACUUUCAAGACAGCUACACUUUCCGGUCAGAUCCCUUUGAUUCCAAGUACGAUGGAGCUAGAUAGUGAUGAUUCUGUGAGGUCUGCGACAUUAUCUCUUCAACACCUUUACAAGGUGAAAACGCUCGUUAACGUCAAACAAUUAGCAGCGGCUGUGUGUUUUGUCACCACUACUUCUCCUCAAAUUGCCUCGCAAGUGUGGAAGGAGUACGUGCAAGAAGUUGAACAUGGACAGGAUUUUGACGAUCGACUCAUCAUUGUUCAGGUUUCCGGAUUACCAAGAGGAGCGAACAUCGAGUGGGGCGGAUUGGCAUUUGAGCGUGUUGUUGGCAUGUAUGACGAUGCAGAAGAGAGUGAUGCGCCAAGAUUGCUUCCCUCGGCUGCUGAGCUCACGCAAGGCUUCAAAACUAAUAUCGUCAAUAUCAACGAGAACCUUAAUGUGGUGAAGUUGAUGACUAGUGAUAUUGGUCUUGUGAUCGAUUUCCUUCGCAGUCCAGCUAUUGGAAACUCACAUGUGACGGUCAUGACCAAACUUCUGAAUGUUCAUAAGCUAGUUGCCUUGGGACUUCCAGCUGAAUGGGUUCCGGUGCUCACGGUAUGGGACAGCGAUGGCACAGAGUUCGAUUUCGCUAUCACUUGGAUAGCCUAA